AUGAGUGAGGCCAGUCAUGAUGCUCCAUCAAAGAUCGUAACUUGGGGCUCUUGGUGGCGUGGUCGUGGACUAGAAACUGAUGCGCAAGACCAGGAUGAGAAUGAUGUUACAGCGGGAAGUACUGCACUCAAGACCAGCACAACGGCAGUGCCUGAGAACUUAAGUAACGAGAGAGAGGUCCAUAACUCUUCGACCGUAGGCACUGCAGAAAACGUGCAAAACUCUGCGACCGCUGGUUGGUAUUCUAGCAUCGUUUCAAGAGUUUCGUCUAUUCCGUUAUUCAAUAAUCAAACAAUAGACGUUGUCAUAGAUGGUAACACGAGGUAUUCUCAGCUCAGUGAGGGUCAGAUCCAAAUUUUAGAAUUAGAAGCUGUACAAACAAUUGUGCGACGCUCAAACUCCUGGGUAUGGUAUAGAAAUUUGACGCAUUUCAACGAGGGAACGUCAAGCUGGAUAGAGCAAACGGGUAUUGUGAGUGUUUAUGGUACGGGCUCCUCAAAGUGUCCAUUACCGUUAAAACACUAUCCAAUACCAGACAGCAGCUCUGGAUACCAUGUUUAUCUCACUGACUCCCUUAUUUUGCCGACUGAUUCCCCAUUAAAAAUGCUGCACGAUCAGUCGCUGUUAAGUAGAGUAUCAACUGCAGCGAGAAAUUACUACAAUUUCCCAAGCGAAAAGCAUUUGUACCUUAAGAAGACCACAGAAGGUUUGUUAAAAGAGGGAAGAGCCUUGAUAAUAUCAGUUGUUGGAUAUUUACCUGAGAAAUAUGAGAAGUACUCAUUGGAAGAGCAGCGAUCCGCUGAGUACUUGUCCAGAAAACUUGCUCUUUCUUUGCAGCAUGAACAGCCUGCUGAAAUAAUAUCACUAUCAAUUGAAUGCCCAUUACACACUAAAGAUUUGAAGACAGUCUUCCAAGAAUGCGUCGGAUUACUGCAAAAUUGGAAAGAUUUGUUCAAGGAUGUUUCUUCAAUUUUUUUUACUUGUGUAUAUCACAGUGUUCCGUUAACUAUUUUGUUAGCCAAGCAUAUUUUGAAAGAUCAUGAGUCGCUAGAAAUAAACGCCACAACUCCGGUCGGUAUCUUAGCAAUGGAGUCAGACUUACAAGGCUAUCGGUUUUGGGAUCAUAGCAGUGAUGCUACGUCCAGCUCAGAACAAAGCUAUCAAAAAGUACAACAAAUGAGGGAAAAACAACUAUUUCAAGGUGUCAGCAAGAAUGAGCGAGAAAUAUUGUCCAAGAUCAGACUUUAUAGAAAACUAGACUCUGAAGAAUCUAGAUUAGUCCAAUCCAAUUUAGACUGGCUUCUUUAUCAUUGGAGGGGAUUCAGGUUUAAUUUCUUUUGCAAACUGUAUGACAACUUUAUGACAGCUUCACAGAAACUAGCAGUCGAUUACAACCAUCCUAAGAUUUUUAGAAAUAUCUGGUGUGAUGGUAGGCACAUGGGUCAUGACACAAGACAUCCGCUUCAGCUGAAUAUACCAGACGUUCAAACAAAGACACCUAAAUUUGAAUGCACAUUAGAAGUUCCAGAGAAACGUAUAUUUGAAGUUACGUUGUUGAAUAGUAUUUUGCUGGCUUUGAAUUUAGGAAAUACCAAAUUUGUACCAAUCAUGAAGCUAAUUAGUCCUUUCUUCAUAUCUCGAACUUUCAAUCAAAAUACAAUGUCACCAAACUUGAAAAAGCAAACCCAAACAGAAUUGAAGAAUUGGCUGCAAGAAAUGGAUUUAAAAUGGCGAACCAACGAGACUGAUGAGCAAAGCAUCGGAGAAUUACCGGACAAGGUCUCAAGUGUGCACAAGUUCAUGGAAUUUUCUCAUUAUCACGAUAUGAGAACACCAGAGCUCAUGAAAGUUUACUCAAAUAUUUAUGAUGACGACUCCGUCUACCAAACAUUCAUUGAAAAUACUAUCAAGACCAGGUCAUUAUUAGGUGAGAAACAUCUAACGUUAUUGGGAGAUCAUUCAGCUCCCAGGAGCAUAUUAAAUACUGUUAACCAAUAUGAUUUAGUAUGGAAAUUCCAUGAGUUUUUAUCUGAAUUCAUGAGACUACGGAACUUACCGCAGCAACCGGAAGCAAAAUGUCUCAAGUUCACAAUAUCAUUAAAUUAUUCCUUCUGGGAGCAAGCUUACUACGAUCCAAUAUUAUUCAAGAAAGACACUUCAGAAGCCAUAAAGCACCUUGAACAUAUUUGGGAAAACUAUCAAUCUUGGGACCCAUCCACUAGAGGUCUGAAGCAGCUGAAGAGCGUCCUAAGCGUCUUAUCGCUAUAUAAUAACCCAUCCGAAAUGGUGCAAGAUGUAGCAUAUAAAUGA